AUGACUACAUCGAAAGACCCUAACGUGAUUGGCUCGCACUACCAAGUGGAUGGCGAAGUUCAUUCGAGAGUUCCUCGCUUGAGACGCAAUAUGCGAGGCGUACAAGAAGAUCUUGCCAAGCGACUAGAAAAGAAAGCAAAUGAGAAUAUCAAUCAAGUUCAGCACAGCUUUACUGACUUGUCUGUGAAUGAUAGUGGAAUGGGUGUUAAUGUGACAAUUGGAGGUAGAGGAGGUGCGGGAGUUGGCGUAGGUGUGGAAACGGGAGCUGUAUUCUUGUCCAACUUUGGCUCUACUUGGAAUAUAAAUGGUCAACAUAGUACAAACAGCACAAUUAGCAUGAGAAAUGUCAAUGUUUGCGAAGUGCCUCAUUUUAACCACCAAAUGAGAAACUGCAAUGAGCAUCGAGUUCGGUUUCGUGAGUCUUCUUCGUCAGUGGCGUAUGAUCAGCUGUCGAUUAGAGAUUCAUCUAGUGACAACGAAGCAGGACAAACACAGGAAGGAAGAACGAAUGGGUCUUCUUCUUUGGGAGUUUCGUCAAGGUACUUGCAAAAAAUGAUACAACAAGUCUGCAUUGCAUUGGAUAUGUCAUUUACCCAGCUGAGUAUGAGUAAAGUUAUUGAUAGGAUUAACGAGUUGAAAACGAGCCAAUCCGUAUCCUUUCAAACGCAAACCUGGAUGCGUGAGCGUGACAACUUGCACAAGAAAAUUGCUAAUUUGGAAGAAUUAGUAUUAGAGAAGAAGAAUACGAUAAAGGUGCUCAAUUCAGAUGUCCAAAAGUUGAAACAGGUUGAAUCAAUGCAAGUGAAAGAGAUUGAAUCGUUGAAUGUGCAAUUGAAGGAGUCUUCAGUUAUUGCCAACAAGACAUUGCUGGAACUAACGGAGUGCAAAUUGGCAUAUGAAUCGUUUGAAAAUGAUGUAAAUGCAAAGUCACACCAACAAGAGGAACAGAUUCAAGAAUUGGCAAUUAAAAAUGACGCAUUAUUCAAAGAGAAGCUGCAAUUGACUCAAGAUUUAGAGAAGCACAAAGCACAUCAUUUGGAGCUAUUGAAAGCUAAUGGCACGUUGUCGACUAAUCUCGAGGUGAUAAAACAGUCACAUUCGGACGAGCGGAGCCAAUUUGAGAAGAAGUUGCGCCACUUAAAGAAGCAAGUGAGUGAAAAGGAUGUCAAGAUUGAUGCUCUCACUAGUCAAAUUGCCGCCGUCAAGACCAAAUGUAAUCGAAGAUUAACCACGAUGGAAGAAGAGUGCAGCUUGGUGGCUGAUUCCCGCGCCGUUGAAAUCAAGCUUUUACGUGAUAUUAUCAAUAAGCAUUUCGAAAACGGGACAGACAAUUGGCAACAACAACAACAACAACAACAACAACAACAACAACAACAACAACAACUAAAUCAGUACGAGUUGCCAACCUCACCACAACUCAGUGCUCUUGUUUUACCAUCGUCAAUGUCUGCGGGCCCCAAGAGAUCAAAAUCGUUGUCCAUUCCAAAGAGCAGCACCAAUAUCCCACUACCAUCGCCAAAACCCUUGUCCGGUGGACAAGAUAUCAAACUCGCACCUUCAUCAAUCCCAGUCCUCUUCCAGCGUCAACAACAUCAUCAGCCACUCGUAUCCACAUCCAUCCCGUCCUCCACUAGCACGCUCUACUUGCACCAACUCUACGAAGACCGAUACUUGCACUUGCUCAAACAAUGCAAAGACUUGACCGACUCAAACACAAUCCAUCAUUCAACAAUGGACAAUCUCCUCCUGAUCCACCAGCACUAUUUCGCCAAGUUGAUUCCUCAACAUGAACGAUUGGGGUACUUUAGAUUGUUGAUGAAGGAGUAUCAUGUGCGUAAAUUGUUGAAUGCGGGUGAUUGGAACUUGAUUAAGAAGUUGGUUGAGACUGAUGCUGGAUUAAUGAGCGAUGUGAAUAAGAGAUUGAAUGAGUUGGAUAAGUAUGUGUUGUGA